AUGCAAUAGUCUGUUAUCAAGGCAAAAGGAAUGAGAGAUAAGGAGAACACUAUGCCACCAGCAAAUUAGAUAGAAAGAAAGAAAUCUAUGAAAAUUAUGAGUUCUGAUUUGCACUAGUAGAAUGCUAAGAAACUAGUCAAGUCUAGAACCUUUACCCAAGCAAAUCAGAACUGGAGUUAAAGAAAUUCUAAGCUAAAAGAAUUAUAACCUUAUUAAUAGAGAUAAACUGAGGCAGUUGGGUAAACAGAAGAAUCCUAUAACCAAGUAAUCAUCUAUGCAAUAAAUUUAAAUAGAGAGCUGCUAAAAUAAGAAAACUCAAUCAAGUUGAGAAACAAUCGCCAAAUGCAAAAGGCUAAUUUGAAGUUACACUGCAACUUCAUUCAGUCCAAGAGUAAACUCCUUAUUUCUAAGUAAAAAUAAUCACUUAAUCCCAUAAAAAAGCUGAAUGAAUCAAGUCAUAGUCUCUUGUAGCAGACUCCAGAAUUUGGGGUGAAUAAAGAGGUUAUAUCAAUGGAGGAAUUUAAAAUUAGACUCUCUAACUUUGAUUAGGAAUCUAGUUCUAAAAGAAAGUAGAAUCAUUCUGAGUCCCUAGCCGAUACCCAAAAUUAUGAUAAAGAUUAGCUGAAAAAUAAUUUUGAAUUUGAUGCUUAAAAUCAGAUACAGAAACAUGAGUAUAAGUAGAUGUAUGCUAAUAUUGAAGAUGCUUACAAUAUAAGCUAGCAAGAUGAUGAUAUUUCCAACUGGUAUAAGGAUACAGGUACAAUGAUGAUUGCUGAGAGUUUUGAGGCAGAAGAGUCAGUAUGUCCUCAUAAGCAGGAUAUAAUCUUAGUCAGUAGUCAAUAGAAUAAGGAAUAAAGUUUGAGCAAUAAAUUUGAUCUAGCCAAGUUGAAAUGCUAGACUUAAUAAUUCUUCAUUGGGCAUUUAGAUGGAAAGAAUAUUUGA